ACCGAACCUUCCACUCCACUCGUAUAUUAAACCCCAGAUAACCAUCACUUCUCCCCCACCAAAUCAAACAGGAAGAUUGACAGAGCUUGAGAGAGAGCUUGCUCGAGAGAGAUGAUGAUGGGGAGAUGGAAGAGGUGGGCGCUGCUGAAGAGGCUGAGGAAGGAGACGGCGAUGAAGUGGAAGCUGCUGGGGGCGUUCAGGUGGAAGAGGAUGACCAGCAGCAUAAGGGUGUCCUUAUUCGACAACGUCCUGUUCAAGAUCCUCUCCGUCUUCGAGGCCAUCGUCCUCGUCUCCACCGUCUGCUGCUUCUACCUCUGCUUCGGCUGCCAUUUUUGAAACGCAGCUGAUUCAAACUACGCCCCCUUUCGCCGUGCCCUGUUUGUACAUGACCGACGAUCUACCAUAACCCCCCGAGUCUGUGUAGCCCCAUUUUGCUGAUUCCGCUCUCGUUGGUUUCCUCCACCGUUGGAGCUAACGCAGUUUCUUCUUCUUCUUCUUCUUCUUCUUCUUCUUCUUCUUCUUCUUCUUCUUCUUCUUCUUUUUCUUUUUGUUGGGUUAACUAAUUGCUCUUGUUGUGAUGUAAUCUCAGUCAUUCUGGGCAAAAGAUCGCUCUUUUUUUAAUCAAUUUAGGGAAUUUCACGCGACAUUGGCAUCUGAUUUUCAUAUUAUCUCAGCUCAGCUCAGUUCAAUUGGGUUUCCGUCA